AUGGCUACGUCACAGUCGUCACCGUUGUUCAACCACCUUUCUUCUCCACCCUCUUCCUCGUUUCCGUCUGGGCCGCCCGCUUCCGCCUCUCAGUCUGACCCUCCAGGCGAUGGAGACCUUGCAUUUCCUCCCGAGCUGCCCCCCGUGUCUGCCGUGUGGGAGUGGCAGGGCGAAGGUGGUUGGCACUGCUUCAAUCGAGGGCAUUGCGAGCUGCUUGAGGCAGGGUGGGAGGCGGGUCAACCUGCUGUCUACAUCCGAGCAAGAUCCUGGUCGUAUCGCAUCGACUUGAACAACAUGGUUCAGCAAAAUCUCCUCACGCGUCGUCUGCGCCACAUUCGCCGCUCUCUGGACAGCGCCGCGCUCUGGUUCUGCGAAGGCGCCGACGGUGAUGCAUCUCGGUAUGACCCGCAGAUUGAGGCUGCGUUGGAAGUGAUGCACCGCGCACGAACUGAGCAGGCCGGUGACGGCGCGGGCGGAGAUGCGAGUUCCUCCGUCACAUACUGGGCUUGCAGCGACGGGCGUGAUUACGUUGCCGAUGUCGAGGCAAUGACUGAGACGUGUACGACUACUGGUGAAGUUAGGAGGAUUUGCCGGUGUGUGUUGAAGACGAAACACGGCCUAGACCAACCGCUGACACGAACGCGCGGCACAGAUAUCCUCCACCUCCCGUCGCUCAGAGUCGGAACGGUCGAGCGCGGCGAGUGCUGGUGCGCGGGCAACUUGCAGGUGGUUGAUUCAGUCGAUUUAGACAGCGUUCUGUUGCCAGUGGAAGUGCAAGAAAGCGUGGAUGACGUGUGCGCCAUGUGCCUGGAGGCACUGGAGGUCGCUCCUUCGCCCCCGCCCGCCAGGAGACCGAGCGCGGUGGCGCAAGCAGAGAAGAGUGGAGACGUCGGAGAAGGCGAACGCGGAGCUUCUCAAGCAGCAGAUGACGUGGUGAAACUCAAGUUCUGCCAGCACAUGUACCACCGCGAGUGCAUCCUCCUCUACGUGUCGCAGGCUGCCAGAGGGGGGUUCGUGUGCCCCACGUGCAGCGCCGUGCAGUGCACAGGCAACGGCCCCUCGCCAGCUGGCAUCAUGAAGUGGCAUAUCGACCGAACGCCAACCCUGGAUGGCCACAGCGACAGCGGGACGAUUUCUGUGGAGUACGAACUGCCAGCUGGGAUCCAGUCGGCGCGGCAUCAGCGCCCUGGAAGUCCGUUCGCGGGGACGCGCAGAGUGGCGUAUCUUCCUGAUACACCGCGGGGCAGGGAGGUUCUUAUUCUCCUGAUCCACGCUUUUGUCAAGGGCCACACUUUCACAGUGGGGACGAGUGUGACGACUGGACGCUCCGACGUCGUUGUCUGGAAUGGGAUCCACCACAAAACGAAUCGCUCGGGAGGCCCGACGGUCUACGGCUACCCGGACGACUCUUACUUCGACCGAGUGUUGAGCGAAUUGGAGGCGAAGGGCGUGACGAGAGACCUCUUGGCUUCCUCCCCCGACGGCCCUGCGCCUUCGACGGCCCCCGUCGUUUCUGCCAGCCCAGCUGACGCCUCCAAGGAAGCGGGUCGCAGUGCGCCGCGGACAUUGAUGCACGCGCCCCAAAGUGCCGCGCGAACUCGUGCGGAUCAGGAAACUCUUGCCGAAGGCCAAGAGAGCUCUUCAUCCGUCCCCUCCCCUUCCCCGCCUUUGUCCUCUGACGGCUGUCGCAGAAGCAGCCGCUUGAGAAAUUCCCGCACGGGGAGGAAAGACGCCGCGGCGGGGGCUGUGGAGGCAACGUCUCCUGCCAGUUCGCCCUCCGCGGACUCGAUGUCUCCCGUGAAGACCAGUGCGCGACUGUGCAAGAAGCCGAGCCUCGGGGCUUCGUGUUGCGGGUCGUCUGCGGCGAGAUCCGCGCGCACACCUCGUACAAGACAGACGCUUGAAACGGUGAGUUGCUCGAGCUCUGCGUCCGCUUCAGAGACAGCAGGAGCGGCGAGGGAAGCUCCACCGAGGCCUCUCAUACGCGGCGGAGGCAGCAGUCGCCGUGAACAUGGCGACCCGCGCGGCGGAGAGACGGAAGGAAUAGAUGCAACAAGGGCAGUGGGACAGUUUUCGUCGCUUCUGAAGGAGAAAAAAGACAGGGUGGCGGGAGGAAACGGGGCGUUUUCGUUGCCGCAUGAUUCCAAGAGGGGGGAUACUGCACAAGAAGACGAUGAGCAGGGAAAGUCGGACAGGACAGGCCCCGCGGAACUGGCGAACGCUGAGGCAGACACUGCGGUGAAAAGAUACCGGUCAAACGAUGGCGUGAGCACACGAGGAGGCAAUGCACGGGCACACAAGGGGACAGCGGAGCCUGCACAGAAAGCUUGA